AACCGUUGCCAAGCGGGCAGCGCCCUCGAGCCCGACAAGAACGUCUCGGUCCUCUCCUUCCUAAAUCCUCGCCGCCUCCGCGCUUAAACCCUAAUUCACUCUCUGAGAAGCAUCCUCUCCACGAGGGAAGAGAUGGGCUCCAAAGGCAAGAACAAGCACGGCAAGCCGAAAGCCGGGCCUUCCAAUCUCGAGCCGAAGGCCGGCGGCCAUGAAUCCGCCGCCGGCGGCGGCUCCGGCGGCUCUGGCGGUGCCGGCGGCGGCGCCAAAGUCAUCACCGACUCGAGGUUCGCUUCGGUGCACUCGGACCCGAGGUUCCAGAGAGUGCCGAAGCACAAAGCCAAGGUCGCCAUUGACUCGCGGUUCAACCGCAUGUUCUCGGACAAGAGCUUCUCCUCGUCCGCCGCUCCGUUGGAUAAGAGGGGCCGGCCUAAGAAGCAGAGCUCGCAGAGCUCGCUUCGCCAUUACUACCGGAUCGAGGAAGACGAGGGGGACAGGGAAGAAGAGGAGGAAGAGGAGGAGGCGGGGCAGGAGCAGAGAGCGAGCGUGGCAAAGAGAGCUGAGCUGAGCGAAGGCUCGGAGGAGUCGGAUUCGGAGGAUGAAUCGGAAUCGGGAUCGGAGGGUGAGCUGGAGAGCGGUGAUGAGUCGGAGUCGACCACUGAUACUGAUGAAGAAGGGGAUGAGGAGGUUUACGACGAAGAAGGCGCUGAAAUUCAGGAGGAAAACAUACCAACUAUUGACAAGGAAACUCGGAGGCUUGCUGUUCUUAAUAUGGACUGGAGACAUGUCAAGUCUGUUGACUUGUUUGUCCUUCUAAGCUCUUUCCUUCCCAAAGGUGGUCAAAUCUUGUCUGUGGGUGUCUACCCAUCUGAGUUCGGGAUCCAACGCAUGAAAGAGGAAGAAAUUCAUGGCCCUGUUGGGCUCUUUGAUGAUGAGGACGGUGGGAAUGAAGAUGACGAUGAGGGUGAGAUUGAUCAUGAGAAACUGCGUGCAUAUGAGAAAAGUAGACUGAGGUACUAUUAUGGUGUAGUGGAAUGUGAUUCAAGUGCUACGGCUGAUUACCUUUACAAUGCUUGCGAUGGGCUUGAAGUUGAAAGAUCGUCAAAUGUGCUUGAUUUGAGAUUCAUUCCUGACUCAAUGGAGUUUAAGCAUCCACCUCGUGAUGUUGCAACAGAGGCACCUGUAAACUAUGAGGCUGUAGAUUUCCAAACUCGAGCUCUGCAGCAAAGUAAAAUCCAUCUAACAUGGGAUGAAGAUGAGCCUGAUCGUGUGAAGACCCUGAAACGAAAAUUCAAUGCUGAUCAGCUAGCUGAUCUUGAACUGAAAGAGUUUUUGGCUUCCGAUGAGAGUGAAUCUGAUGACGAUCGGGACGAGGGUGUUUUGGAUGAGCAAACUGAUAAGAAAGGGAGGAAACGUGAUAAGUACCGUGCUUUACUCGAGGGAGGUGAUGGCUCUGAUGGAGAUGGGGAGGACGAGAACAAGGAUAUGGAAAUAACUUUUAAUACUGGCUUAGAAGAUUUAAGCAAACGCCUUUUAGAGAAGAAAGAUAAGAAAUCUGAAACAGUUUGGGAGGCGCACCUCAGAAAAAGCCGUGAGAAGAAGAACGCUAGGAAGAACAAGGCCAAGAAUUCAUCCGAUGAUGAGAGCAGCGACACUGAUGAGGAUGGAGUUGAUCAAGUGGAUGACUUUUUUGUUGAAGAGCCUUCAGCUAAGAAAAGUAAAAAGGGAACUCAUGAGAAGAAUAAUAAGGCAGAGAACGAGUUCCAAGAUGUAGAUGGGGAAGGAGAAGCAAGCAGAGCUGAGCUUGAGCUGUUGCUUGCUGAUGAGAAUGGGGCUGAUACUGGACCCAAGGGGUAUAAAAUCAAAACUAAAAAGGCCAAAGGGAAGAAGGGAAAUCAAAUGGCAGAUGAAGACAAAAUACCAACUGUUGAUUAUAGCGAUUCCCGGUUUUCUGCUCUUUUCACUUCACCACUCUUUGCUUUGGACCCCACUGAUCCACAAUUCAAGAGGAGCGCGGCUUAUGCUCGGCAGGUUGCACAGAGACAGCAGAAGGGCGAUCGUCCAGAGUCUGUGAAGAAAGAUUCUAAGAAAGAUGUGGCCAACAUUGACUUACCACCCGAUGACCUGCACAGUGAGAAAGGUGAGCUUCUGAAGUCGGAUGUGUUGCCCCCAAGGAAAGAGAAGCACGAGUUGUCUUCAUUAGUGAGAUCACUCAAGAUGAAAUCCAAGCAAGUUCGUUUACCUUUCAACAGCAAGUCCUUGAAGAAAGUAGACAAAGUUCAGUCUAGAAGACAUGAAAGAAAAGGGGAACACUGAGUAUCAAGAUUACUGCAGUCGACAUAGAAAAAUGAGUUUUUGAUAGAAAUUAACAUAGAAGAGUUUUUUAAACGACAGUCUGUGGUAACCUCCGCUGCAUAGAAACAUGGUUCUACGCGGUGCUUCUCAAGCUUUGGAGAACCUUCGAAUAGUCUUGUGCGGUAAAUGUGCAGAAAGAUCAGAAGGCUUGUGUUAUUUCUGGCUUCCAUGCCGUCUCUGGCUACACAUUCUUGUAUCAUUCUCAGCUUCAUCAUUGUACUUCUUCAAGUCAAGCCAACAGGGUCAUUUCAUUUUUUGUUCCUUUUUGCCAGACCAGAGGGCCAUCAUUGAAAUGGUGUCGUAUUCCAUCGUUUCGUGUUCCGAGUUGUCUCUUCUUCUGUUCUUACUUUUCUUUUUCUUUGACAAUCCCCUAUCAAUUAAUAAGAGAAUCGGCAUCCGCAGUUUUGAUUUGA